UUGUAUGUAUAGUACGUGCGAAGAGUCGUAUCGUAUAUAUAGUACGUGUGAAUACUCGUGCUUUGAUUGUAUCGAUGUUGCACUUGCAAUUCUCAACAUCUUAUCUGCUGAACUGUAACCACCAUGUCGAUUCAUUCCGUGAGACGUGAGUGUGCUAACCUCGCUUGGGACAAUAGCAUUCCUCCUGCACUGCAUGUUAAAUCAGGCGAUGAAAUCACCUUUGAUUGCGCUGACGCAUCGAAUGGACAGCUGACUGCAGACUCGACAGUCGUAACUCUAGAAAAGUUAACCUUGGCAGGGUUUAAUCCAGUGAACGGUCCCGUAUUUGUGGAUGGUGCACAGCCUGGUGACACACUCCAAGUUGACGUUCUGCGCAUCGAGAAUCCCGAAUGGGGAUGGACGGGGCUAUUCCCGGGAUUCGGACUUCUUGCGGAUGAGUUCCCAGAACCGGCGCUCAAGAUCUGGAAACUUGAGCAGGAGGGGUUUGCGUGGUUUGAUGAGAAAAAGGGUAUAAAGGUACCCCUGAGGCCGUUUGCCGGGGAGAUGGGGGUCGCGCAGAAGAAGAAGGGUGCAUUUUCCGUUGUUCCGCCAUAUCAUACGGGAGGUAACAUCGACACGAAGCAUAUUACGGUGGGUUCGACCCUGUUUCUUCCAGUUGAAGUGGAGGGAGCACUGUUUAGCAUCGGGGAUGGUCAUGCUGCACAGGGGGACGGAGAAGUAUGCGGAUCGGCAAUCGAGACACCCAUGAAAGUCACGGUGCGGCUCUCAGUAAGGAAAGACAAGCCGUACACCAAAACACCACAUUUUAGCACGGCUACUGCUGAUACCCCGUCCGGGGAAUAUUACUGCACUACCGGCAUCGACUCGGAUGUUAGGGAAGCGAUGAGAUCAGCUGUGAGGAAUAUGAUUGAUUUUCUGGUUGCGGAAUAUGGGUUGGAUAGGGUAGGAGCGUAUAUAUUGUGCAGCGUCGCAGGAGAUUUGAGGAUGCAUGAAGUGGUGGACAUGCCAAACUAUGUGAUUGGGAUGAUGAUGCCUAAGUCUGUGCUCGGACCGUCAAAUGAAGUGUGAAGAGUGC